AUGCCUCGGCUAUCGCAGGCCUCUAAGGGAGUGGCAGCAGCGAGUGGUGUAGCUGCUACAGCUGGGCUGGUUAGUGGGGUUGGCGUUGGUGCUACAACCGGGCUGGCUGGUGGGGUUGUCGCUGCUGCUAUAGCCAGCUUUGAAGGCAGGGAUGGUGUCGCGGCUACAACCGGGCUGGCUGAUGUGGUUGGCGUUGGUGCUACAGCCGGGCUGGCUGAUGUGACUGGCGCUGCAGCUAUAACCAGUCUGGCAGGUGGGGUUACCGUUGGUGCUACAGGCAGAUUUGCUGGUGGGGAAGAUCGUAUGGGGAAAGCACGGGCAGGUGGUUUGGGCUCGGCACAGGGGGAUGGUGUGGGAAGAGCAAAGCUAAGAGGAGGUACAGGGACACACUGGGGCAGACACAGAAGAGGAAACGCUGCUGGGCGGCACGGGUCGGGCGGAGAGGGUUGUCCCAACCUGCCAGGUGGUGUGUGUGCGAGACGAAGUGGUUGGGAGGAGUGCGGAGCGGCUGGGCUAUUGGGCGCGGAUAGUACUGCUGCUGCUGGUGCUGAUGGGCGAAGAGGUGUUGAUGGGGGGAGGGGUGCGGAUGAGAGGAGAGGUGUAGAUGGGUGGAGAGGGGCGAAUAGUUUCCCUUCCAUGGGUGCAACUGGUGGAGUAAGCAGGGCGGACAGACGUUCACGCGAGGGGGAGACGGCAGCAGGUGAGACGGCAGCAGGUGAGACGGAAGCAGUAAUAUGUGCACUCCCCGCUUCUCCCUCCCUCUCGUCCUCUUGUAACCCACCCUUCUCGUUGGCGUUCCCCUCUUUAUCACCCACACCAUCCUCCUCACCUUUCAUUUCCUUGUCUAUGUCCUCCCUCUCUUUCUUCACCUCCUUCCCCUCUUCCUCAUCCAUCUCACAAUUCCUCGCAUCCUCCUUCCGCUCUCCCUCCUCUCCACCCUCUAGCUUUCCAUCCUUGGUCUCUCCUCCCUCUUUACCUUCAUCCUCCUCUUUCUCAUCCUUUACGAUUUCCCCCCCUUUGCUCCGACCCUCCUCCUCCUCCUCCUCCUCCUCCUCCUCCUCCUCCUCCUCCUCCUCCUCCUCCUCCUCCUCCUCCUCCUCCUCCUCCUCCUCCUCCUCCUCCUCCUCCUCCUUUACCUGUCUACCCUCCUUCCCCUCCACAUAUUUCCCCUCCCCAUCCUUCCAUUCUUUACCCUCCCCAUCCUUGCUCUCCUUCCCCUCCCCCUCAUCCCCAAGAUCAGCUUCAUAUUCCGAAGCAGGAAUGUGUGGGGCACCCGAAAAAGCUCCAGGCACAGGCCGGCUGCCCCAGUCCGCGGGCAGGUGUGAGAAAUUCGGCCCGAAGUUGAAGCGCACGGUGGCACCCUCUGAUUGGUCGGGCAGCGUGAAGAGGGAAGCUGCCGGGAAGUAUCUGCCCGCUGGAAUGUCUUUAAACGCCGUGCCCAGACUCACCCCGUUGCGAAAGAACACGAUUUCACUUCCUGUGGAGGGGUGGUUGUUGAAAUAA